UUAUUUUGAAAGUUUGAAAAUAACGAUUUGUUUUUUGUACAGUAUGCUGGAGUCAUUCAAUUGACUGUGAACAACAGCGUUUAUCAGAAAAACUGUGUCUUUAUAGUUUGCGAAGUUUUGAGAAGAAGGCAGAAAAUCAACGCAGCAACCAACCAAAAAAUAGUGCCAGUUUAUUGAUCUUUUGGAACAUCAUGGACAGUCUCAUUGGAGGCAGCAUGCUUCUUAGUAAGCUCAGCAAAUUGUUCACCCUCUUUUCGCCUAUUACAAUGUUACUCCUGACAACUGUCGUCUGUGCCGUCGCCGUAUACAAUCGGCGUCGGAAACAUCUUGUACGCAAUAUCGAAAGGAUUCCUGGCCCAGCCGGGAUACCAAUCCUGGGGAAUACGCUGCACAUCAACGUUGAUCACGAUGAAAUUUUCAACCGUAUCAUUGCCAUCCGGAAGCUCUACGGCCGAACUCAGGGCUUCAGUCGGGCAUGGAACGGUCCUCUUCCAUACGUGAUGAUCUCUAAAGCUAGUGCGGUUGAGCGCAUCCUUGGCAGUCAAAAGCACAUUGAAAAGAGCCAUGACUACGACUUCCUCAAACCGUGGCUCGGAACCGGAUUAUUAACGAGCCAAGGCACGAAGUGGCAUCCGCGACGCAAAAUCCUGACUCCUGCAUUUCACUUCAAAAUCCUGGACGAUUUUGUCGACAUUUUUCUGGAGCAAAGUGCGGUGUUGGUAAAGCGUCUCGAAACCGAGUUGGACAACGAUGCUGGAUUCAACUGUUUCCCAUACAUUACACUAUGUGCCCUCGACGUAGUUUGUGAAACCGCAAUGGGUCGUCAAGUGAAUGCCCAGUGCAAUUCAGACUCCGAAUACGUUAAAGCUGUGUAUCAAAUCGGUAGUAUUGUUCAAAACCGUCAACAAAAGAUUUGGCUACAACCAGAUUUUAUCUUUCGGCGAACUCAAGACUACAUCAAUCAUCAGAAGUGCCUGUCAAUACUACAUGAGUUUUCCAACCGUGUUAUACAUGAACGAAAAGAGGAAAUCCGUCAACAGCGAUUAACUGGCGAUGGUAACAACAACAGUGGGACAAGUCCCGCCAACAACGAAGACCGAAACAACAAUACCAACUUCUUAUCGUACGAAGAGUUCGGCCGCAAGAAACGGCUUGCUUUUCUCGACUUGCUGAUCGAAGCUUCUCAGGACGGCGCGGUGCUGUCUCACGAGGACAUUCGCGAGGAAGUCGAUACAUUCAUGUUCGAGGGCCACGACACAACUUCGGCCGCCAUCUCCUGGAUACUACUCCUUUUGGGGGGCGACCCUGCAAUUCAAGAUCGCGUCGUCGAAGAGAUUGAUUUUAUAAUGGGCGGCGAUCGUGAGCGUUUCCCGACAAUGCAGGAACUGAACGAAAUGAAGUACUUGGAGGCGUGCAUUAAGGAAGGGCUGAGACUAUACCCGAGCGUACCGCUUAUCGCUCGCCACCUAACUCAGGAUGUUGAAAUUGAUGGAUACGUGCUUCCAGCUGGAACCACCGCCAUGAUUGUCGUUUAUCAACUACAUCGAAAUCCAGACGUGUUCCCUAACCCGGAUAAGUACAAUCCAGACCAUUUCCUGCCAGAGAAUUGCCGUACUCGGCAUCCGUACGCCUACAUUCCGUUCAGUGCUGGUCCACGAAACUGCAUUGGACAAAAGUUCGCUCUAUUAGAGGAAAAGUCAGUCCUAUCCGCUGUGCUACGCCGAUAUCGAAUCGAGGCUGUUGAUCGUCGCGAAAAUCUGACGCUGCUUGGCGAGCUGAUACUACGACCAAAGAAUGGUCUACGGAUUCGCAUUUCGCGGCGUACCUGAAAGGAGUGUAGUAACCCAUAAGGAGUAAGGAGCUAUACAAAGUUAAUCCCAGGCGUUCAUUUACGAAUAAAUAGGCAUGUUUAUUCGUAAGUUGCAUGCUGUAUAUAGCAAUGACAAUAACAGGAUAACAGGAUUUAUAUAAUAAAUUCAUAUAACUCGUAUAACAGGAUUUCACAAUCUACUCGAUGUCUGCGUCAAUUCUUGCCCAAUAUCAUUCAUUUUGACAACUCAGAAGAGUUCCACAAACUGUAUACCCCAGUGAUGCAUAUUUGGGUAUCUAUUACGUCUCUUCUAUACAUACCAUACGAGGUCCAUGGACACUGUCCAAAACUGACGAAACCUUCUUAGCCACGACCGAGAGAAAACUGCUCAGAUUGAAUGCUGGCCGUGCAUGCGUAGAGGAACAAUGGAGGAGCCGUUAAAACAGCGAGCUGUAAGCACUGUAAGCGUAUUUGGACUAAUAGAAAAAAAAACUCGAUUCUUUUCAUGGGAAAGAUCUUUUUAUUGGCCGUUGGAUGGGUAAUUCUACAUAAUUCUAUAAUUCUAAUAAGAAGGACUAGAUUAUUUUUCAUUGAUUUAUUUUAUGUCUUAAAUUUAUAUUCGACUUUUGACAGUUACGCUGAAAACAUAGUGCAAAAACAAAUAUAGUGAUGGUGUCG